AAUAUUGAUAACAGUCCUAUACGCAUAUGUAUUAUUAAAAUCUGUCAGUAAAUACAGCAGACAGUAGGAAAAAUAACAUAGAAAUGCUUAAAACAAUAUAUUUAAUUGUUACGGUGAUUUUAAGAUUUGAGUUGUCAAAUACGCAAAUUUUACAUUUUGGGAAAUGCGCAGAGGUGGAGACCAUGAGAUACUUCGAUUUAGAAAGAUUUCUCGGUAUAUGGUACGAAAUAGAGAGAUUCCCAACAUGGUACGAGGAAAACGGUCAUUGCGCACAUAAAAGGAUACAGGCAUGCGGCAGGACGGUUGUAAUAGAACAUUACUUUAUCAGAAACGGUAUACAAUACGUAUUGCAAAUGAAUAGCACGUACUCACCGGGGGAUGAGGCUGUCUUUGAAAUUGAAGAAAGUAAUAUUGAUCCUGUGGGCAUACCGUUUUCAGUCAUAACCACGGACUACGACAAUUAUGCAAUAGUUUACGGAUGCAAGUACAAUGAACAUAUACAUAUAAAGUACAUUUCAGCCUGGAUACUCUCGAGGACGUCGACCCUAUCACCUGAGCUGAGGGAACAAGCGCGAAGCGAGCUAACAUCUAUACCAUUUGCGAACGCAGCAUAUCUACAGACCGUAGAGCAGGGGGAGAGAUAUUGUACAUACCACUGGACUGCUUAUGUGCAGACUCAAGAUAAGGACAUUGAAAAUGUUUGAUAUGAAAUAUUUUAUACUGUGUAAUAUAAUGUAUUAAUACUUAAGCAAUGUGAUCAAUAUUCUUUAAUUUGUAUUUAUUUUAAUAUUAAUAAUUCUGAAUAAAUAAUAUAAGAUUUUAGUUAUAAACUUCAUCGAUCUAAUAAUGACGUUUUUUUAAAAAAAAAUUACCCAUUUAUACAAAAUAAUAUACCAAAGAAGUUAAUUGUCCACCUGAUGGAAUAUAGUCGUCAUAAAUAUAAAAAGGAAUUUGAAAAUGUAUCUAUGUGCUAAUAUUAUAAAUGAGAAUGUGAGUUUGUUUGUUUGUUACGCUUCGAUUAUGAUGAAUUUUAGUAUAAAAUUAAAUAUGACCAUACAUACUA